AUGGUUACACUACGCCCUAGCAUUAUGUCAGCGUCCCUUGGACGCGCUUGGCUCCAUGAUUUCGAUGCCAAGGCACACCAGGCUUCAAAACAUGGGUUUGAAGGGAUCGAGAUUUUCUACGAGGAUCUGGAGCAUCUUGCAAAAAGGCUUACUUCGAAAGAGACACCUGACGGCGAGGAUAUACUUCAAGCUGCCAGACAUGUGCACGAAACUUGCACGCGUGAGAAGCUUGAGAUCAUCGGUCUGCAGCCAUUCCUCUUUUACGAAGGUUUGGUUGACCGCUCCCAGCAUGCACGGCUCAUCGAAAAAAUACACCUCUGGUUCCGCAUUGCAAAGGAGCUUCAGACAACUAUCAUUCAGAUUCCAGCAAACUUCCUCCCAGCUGAUCAAGUCACAACCGACAUUAACGUCAUUGUCGAGGAUCUUCGGCAACUAGCUGAUCUUGGCCUGAAGGAAAGCCCCCCGAUUCGAUUCGUCUAUGAAAAUCUGUGCUGGAGCACCGUCAACGAUACAUGGGACUCAGCUUGGGAUGUGGUUAAGAGAGUUGACCGAUCUAACUUUGGUAUAUGCCUUGAUACUUUCAAUAUUGCGGGUCGUGUGUGGGCAGACCCAACUUCACCAACGGGAAAAACCCCCAACGCUGAUGCAGAUCUUGAAGCCUCCCUUCAGAAAAUGAUUCAGGAAGUGGAACUGGAGAAGGUCUUCUAUAUCCAAUUUGUCGACGCAGAACGUUUAGCUGUACCUUUGGAUGAAACACACCCUUUCCACGUUCCAGGUCAACCACCUAGAAUGAGCUGGUCCCGAAACGCGAGGACAUUUGCUUACGAGACAGACAGAGGGGCUUAUUUGCCAGUAGAGAAGGUGGCCAAGGCAAUUAUAGACGGUCUGGGCUACCAAGGCUGGGUAUCAUUAGAGUUGUUUUCUCGAACUAUGGCGGAGGAAGGGGAGCAGGUCCCAUACGAGCAUGCGAAGCGUGGGAUGGCUUCGUGGAAGAAAUUCCAGGAACGUGUUCAAUCAAACUAA